UAUUCUAUCCUUGGUACCCUGCCGUUGCGGGAUUACAGUGACGUCACGCUGAUACCCUUGCAUGGACGAAUGCUAAAGAACUAUGGAGCCACAAAUAAUAGCACAAGCAGAGUCCAUAUCUUGCAAGUCUUACGUUAUCCUUUAAGCCUCCUUCAGCUAACACAACAACAACAAUUUUUUUUUUUUUUUUUGCACUUAAUGACGCUUAAUUUCAUUUCUUUAUCGGGUCCUUUGGGGGGGAUUAUUCAUUCAUAUAAAACAAUCUGCAGCUGGUGCCAGCCCAAAAGUCUCCCUCCUGUGAGAGAAGUCAUUUAUUAUUGAGUGAAAGGCCGUGCGUGGAAAUGUGUGUAAAACGCUGGAUUUGAAGUAGAAAUUGGUUGCAAUCGAUCAAGGGCGAAGAAUAUUGCUGAUGGUAAGCAAAGAAGCAGCUAUGUCUUUCUCGCAAUUUGGAUACCCGUACAAUGCAUCUUCACAGUUUUUCGUGUCGGCAAACCCCAGUACGACUUGCUGCGAUUCGAUUUCCAGGUCGGUGUCUGACGGGACGGCGGGAGGCUCCCAGACCGCCGCUGCCGCCGCUGCCGCCGCCGCCUCCUUCUGCUGCCCGUCCUACGAGAACCGGCUCCUGGCGAGCAGCCGGACGGAGCUGAACGCGGCGCUGGGGAUGUACGGCUCCCCUUACGCCGCCGCGGCCGCCGCCAGCCAGAACUACGCCAACUACUUCCCCUACAGCGCCGACCCAUCCGCCAUCUACUCCUCUCUGAAUCCACAGUAUGACAUCAAGGACAGCACAGCCACUUUACACUCUGGCAUCACUCAGACCGCUGCAUACUACCCUUAUGAUCCUUCACUGGGACAGUAUCAAUACGACAGGUACGGGACUGUAGACUUUAAUGGCACGGCCAGACGAAAGAACGCAACUCGCGAAACCACCAGCACCCUGAAAACAUGGUUGUAUGAGCACCGCAAGAACCCCUACCCCACCAAGGGAGAGAAGAUCAUGCUGGCCAUCAUCACCAAGAUGACCCUCACCCAGGUGUCCACCUGGUUCGCCAACGCCAGGAGGAGGCUAAAGAAGGAGAACAAGAUGACCUGGUCACCCAAGAAUAAGGCCGGUGAUGACAGGAAGGACGACGUGAAAAGCGACCAAGACUGCGUCACCAAAGAUUCUAGUGAUUGCAAGGAUGAAAAGGAUCUGCAUCUGAGUGAUCUGGACGACAUGGACGGAGAUGACUGUGACAAGCUGGACAGUGACUCUGAAAAGGGAGCUGCAGACGAGCAGGACCUCCAAAGGGCCAUGGCAGUAUCCGGAGUCCCUCAAAAAAGAGACUGCAGCUCUGAGCUACAUUUGAGUUUAGCCAACAGCUUCCACGCAUUCCCCUGUGCUAUUAAAGGCCUCACCACUCUUCCUCCUCUCCCAUCCGACUUCAUGGAUCCUGUGGAGUCCAAGGCACCCUCCUCGACCGGAACUGUGUCCCUGUCCCACUUUGAAGCAUCGGACAAGCCGCGGAUCUGGUCUCUGGCUCGCACGGCGGCCUCAGGGGUCAUACUGAGCCCUCAGCAGCACGGCUCUGAGCUGAGGACAGGCAGCUCAAUCGGGGACUGCCAGCUCCAGAGCCCAAGGCUUCCGAUCGGACAGUGCGGGGGUAUGAGAGGCCUCCAUGAAGCCAUCAGUGUCACCAACGCUGAGAGCCCCUUCUCUGAGGGCUCAUCCUUGCAUUCGAAAGUCUACGGCACUGGCAGCUACAGUCACAAGGGCCUCCAACUGCACUGCUCAUCCUAUGCUGCACUGCAAGACACAUGUCAAUACUCCUCCAUUGAAGGAUUCUCUGGUGGCAAAGUAGAGACGCAGUCGUCGGACCUUAGCGAAGCCUGUGGGACCGUGCAGGAUGACAAGGUCACUGCAUUCAGGACGGUGAUGAAGAGGUGAAGCAGAUAUCUGGAAACUGCACCACCAUAAAUAAAGAGACAUUUAUUAUGCACUAAAGGACACACUGGUAGAGCCUCAGUAAGACGCAUGGGAGCAACCUGGCGCCGCUGCAGUGAGAGCUGUCAAACUGUGGACGUGGCCAUCAUUUUGCACAACAUUGUUUUCUAUGGUGUUCAAAGACUUUAUGCAAAAAAAAUUCUACAUGGAAAGGUAUAAAACUGGCCACGUGAAAACGGCCGAAUUUGUGUAUGGCAAUCGUGUAGUGUAGCAAAACGUAUUUAUUUCUCUGUGUUUCUCUGUAUUUAUUAUUCUUGUGUCAUGUUUGUUUGUUUAUUAUUUAAAUGUGUUUAUCGGUUGGAUUCCUUUAAGUAUUUUUGUUCUAUGUUCAACUGUGGCUUCGUGUCAUUUCUCCUGAUGUAAAGCUGACUUUAAAAGGACUGGGUCCCCCUGUGACUUUUGGAGAUUUGUUUUGUCAUUGUGUUAAUAAUGUGAGCUUCUCCUGUGUUUUACCAUCGAUGAUUUUUUUCUAACAAUACAACUUUUUUCCAAGAGUU